AUGAUAAACACGGGUAGAUUUUUACCGCAACAGCAAGGUGCUGCAGCAAUGGUUGGUGCCACAGCGACGGCUACAAAUAUUGGCGAGGUGCCAGCGCAGUUUUUCAGUGGAUUUCUGGAUGAUGGUCUAAUCCAUCAGCACCAGCAGCAGCAGCAACAACAACAAAUCCUGCGCCAACAAAUGCCUGGAAAUAUGCCAUCUUUGCUACAUCACCAACAGCAAAUGUUCAUGCGCCAUCAGCACGAGCAGCAGCAGCAACAGCAGCAGGGUGGCGAAGAUGCUGAAUUUGUUCGCAAAGCAAUCGAAAGUUUGGUGAAAAAACUGAAAGAUAAACGAAAUGAGCUGGAGAAUUUGAUUACCGCUGUCACAUCGGCUGGCAAACAACCCACUUCUUGUAACUAUUUUCACUUGCGUAUACAUGUAAUUUUUCAGAGAUCAUUGGAUGGACGAUUGCAGGUAGCUGGGAGGAAAGGUGUCCCACAUGUUGUUUAUGCGCGUAUUUGGCGAUGGCCUAAUGUAAAUAAGAAUGAGCUGCAGAAAUUGCCAAUCUGUGCUGUUGCACCGGAUAAUCAAGAUGUUAUAUGCAUUAAUCCAUAUCACUACGAACGCAUCGUAUCAUCAGGAAUUGGCAACAUUGAUAUGUCUACGCUACGUUUAGAUGCUCUGGCAGCGCCAGCGCAAUCAUCAUCACAACCUGUAACAGUGAAUCCUACGCCAGCCAAUGUUAUUUCUCCACAAAUUCGCCAAACACAGCCACUUCCUGUACAGCCACCGCUGCCCAUCGAACAGCACUUUACAUUGUGGUGUUUACAGAGUUCGUACUGUGAUAUUACACCACCAUCGGCACUUAGUAUGCUCCCGAGUGGUACUGCUCGAGAUGCUCAGGGAGAUCCCUGUCCUUGGUUAAGUCAAAAUUGCAUGUUAUCAGCGAAUUCAUCGAACGCGCAGCUGUAUCAGCAUUCGCAAGCAAGCUAUUCGCAAUUGAACGAAUCUUGCAACUUCCAGGGUGGUCAUUAUAGAUUGUCUGAUCACUGGUGUUCAAUAUCAUAUUACGAAUUGGAUACGCAAAUCGGUGAAGCAUUUCGAGUGCGAAAAGACCAAACUGAGGUGAGUGUUUUUUUUUCUUCUCUGGGAAGUAUGCAUUCCCAGGUCUUGCUUUUUUGGUUUUUUAAGAAAUUACUAAAAGAUAAAAAAUAUGCUUUAAAAUUUUAA